AUGACUUUGUCCCGUACCCCGAAACCAUCAUUACUUACAACGAUUUCUAUAAAUAGGGAGCAAAGAUCUUUGCCCGGUAACAUAUAUUAUGGUCCAGGACCAAUACAAUUAAAAGCAAAUCAAAAGUAUAUGCAUCAGACUAGAAAAAAAAUACAACUUCAACCUGAAUCCAGUGACUGGGAUGAAGAAAUGCCUUUUAACUUAAUGACUAAUAGAGAACAUUAUCAACCAAAUGUAAGUGUUAGACGAAGGCGACUUCCAGUAGUAGACAAUAUAACCAAUUCGCGCAUACGAAUGCUUCCUGAUAUUCCUUCUAUUAAUUUAAGUAACAAAAUUGAACAAAAUGCAAUUAGCUCUUGUGCUGUUGAUUUAGUACAAAUGGAAGUAAUAAAUUCUCAACUUUACAAUAAUGAUUGUGAUGAUACACCAGAUCAUAAUUCAAUCCAAAAAGAGAAUCGAAAUUAUUCAGACAGUUUAGGGGAAGAGAAUUCACAUGAUAUUAAAAAAGCAACCGAAACUGAACCUAAAUGCGCAUGAAUUGAUAAAUAUAACAGACACUAAUCCAAUCAUAUCUCAAAUAAAUAGAAAAAAGUUUUUAUCCCUCGAUUUGAAAACCAAUUAUGAACAAAAAAGUCCUAAUCAAACAAAACCAUUAGAUGUAAAUGAAACUCAAGAUGAUAUUAAAAACCCUAUGCCCAAUAUCAAACCCUUAGUCAAAGUAGAUAAGAUACAAAAACCGAAAUUAGAACGAAGACGAAAUUCUGAUUCGCUAGUCAUUUUGAAAACUUCACCACAAGAGUUAUCAACACCCGACCAAAUAAGAAACUUGUUUAAGAGAAUGAGCAUUACUUCAAAAAAUACUUUAGACUCGCCUCCAGAGUCCAAAGUGAAGAUAAAGUACGGCAAUAGCGUUAGUAUUAAUGAAGUUCCCACUUUCCAAGAAUAUCGUUCCCCCAAUUCCAUUUCCCCUCAAUCUAGUAUCGACUUAUCCUUUAAAAAACCUUUGCCUUCCAUUAUUAAAAAAGCUCGACCCCGGUCAUAUUCUUUAGCAGCGACAUAUCAUUUAGAUCGAGAAUUUAGUAUUAUGGCUAAUUCUUUGUCUGUUGCUCUUUCUCCCCCGAACCUCGGCUCGCCCCGUCGUGCGCUCACUCCUGUCGCCUCACACCUGCCACUUGAUGACAUUCAUCACGACAUUCAUGAUGUGUCGGUGGAAACUCCCAUGUUGGAUGGACCGACGCCGACGGCCGACGCCAUAUCUGAAUCGGCGCGCUCACCACCUCCAACUAACCAUCGUCGACGUGAAACAAACCGUCAAAUAAAACAAUCGAUGACAAAACAUGAAAAACCUGUACACCGACGGAAUUCGAAACGUAGUAAUGACUAUGGUGGACGAGACAAUGGACGCGGCAAUGGCAGCAACCAACAGCAACAACCCUUGGAGAGGCGAGAGUCACGUCGAGGUCAAUUUACUAGGAGUUUGAGCAAUGCAGAUGUGCCACCGGAUGAAAAAGCAGGUGUGACUUUUACUAAAGACGGCAGCCUAAGUGACACUGCUCUUGGCGGAGCAGGCGAACUGGAGCCUGCCAACGACGACGUUCUACUGAAAGCGGAACCUCGAGACUACUUCGGACCUGGCAUGGGCAAGAAAAGCAAUUCUACUUCACAAUUGUCGGCAACAGGUCGGAAACGGAGGUUAGGUUUCGGUAAACGUGGGAAAAAUUCGUUUACGGUGCAACGAAGCGAGGAAGUGGUGCCCGGCGAAAUGCGUGGAGGCAUGAGUGGAGUCUCUCGGGCUUCUUCAGCCUCUAGCGAGAACGACGAAGACAGGUUCGCGGUGUUUGUCACCGUCGACAUUGACACAAUAGUGUGGCACCUGGCCCGGGGCGGUAGAUCACUCGCGUAUUGA